AUGAGGAAGGAGGGCGCAACCGACAAAGGCAGUAAGGUGGAAGGAAGCCUUAAGUGUUGUUUUGUUUAUGAAGUAAAGAGCUCACAUCUCUGUCUUCAACACUCUUCUCGUGUUCUUCAAGUUUUAGAUGAUGGAAGAUUGACCGAUGGUCAAGGCCGUAUUGUAGAUUUCAGAAAUACAGUCAUUAUCAUGACUUCAAAUCUUGGAGUUGAACAUCUCCUUUCAAGGCUAAUGGGCAAGUUGCUCGUGAUCGAUGCUAUCGUAAUGGAUCAUAUGGCUGGUACCAGCUUUUCCUAUAAGGGAAUCUCUGAUAGUAGACUUCUAAGCCAACUUGCUUCUUCACUAGUUGUUGCUAGUGCCUUCAUUUCUGACUACAUCGUAGAUUGGGAUAAAAUAGUCUAUUUCUUGGACUUCCAAGAGACAGUUGUAGCUGCUAUAUUAAAGAUAUAA